GCCCGGGGGGCAACCGCCCGCGGGAAACCGGGAAGCGGAGGGGCCGCGGAGGGACCGCCUGCAGCGGGGAGGAGAGGACGGGGCUGGGCUUUCCUCACCUCGGUAACUUCUCAUCCCAUAACUUCAGUGUCCUGAAAUCUGAGGAUUCCACCAAGAUAAUAUGAUAGGAACUUUCAGUGAUCUGGAGCCAUAUCCUACUUAGACUAAUGCAGGCCUCCCAGAUAUCCUGAGAGCUUGGUACAACAGCACACACUGUAACAGGCACAGGCAAUAAUGCCAUCUUUGCCUCAAGAAAGAGUUAUUCAGGGACCCUCUCCCCUGGAUCUGAAUACAGAAUUGCCUUACCAAAGCACAAUGAAAAGGAAAGUCAGAAAAAAGAAAAAGAAGGGAACCAUUACAGCAAAUGUUGCUGGGACAAAGUUUGAAAUUGUUCGUUUAGUGAUAGAUGAAAUGGGAUUUAUGAAAACUCCAGAUGAGGAUGAAACAAGUAACCUUAUAUGGUGUGAUUCUGCGGUUCAGCAGGAGAAGAUUGCAGAGCUGCAAAAUUACCAGAGGAUCAACCAUUUUCCAGGAAUGGGGGAGAUCUGUAGAAAGGAUUUCUUAGCAAGAAAUAUGACCAAAAUGAUUAAGUCCCGGCCUCUGGAUUAUACCUUUGUUCCUCGAACAUGGAUCUUCCCUGCUGAAUAUACCCAAUUCCAGAACUACAUGAAAGAAUUGAAGAAAAAAAGAAAGCAGAAAACUUUUAUAGUAAAACCAGCCAAUGGUGCAAUGGGUCAUGGAAUUUCUUUGAUAAGAAAUGGUGACAAACUUCCAUCUCAGGAUCAUUUGAUUGUUCAAGAAUACAUUGAAAAGCCUUUUCUAAUGGAAGGUUACAAGUUUGAUUUACGAAUUUAUAUUCUGGUGACAUCAUGUGAUCCACUGAAAAUAUUUCUCUACCAUGAUGGACUUGUGCGAAUGGGAACAGAGAAAUACAUUCCACCUAAUGAGUCUAAUUUGACCCAGUUAUACAUGCAUCUAACAAACUACUCUGUGAACAAGCACAAUGAGCGUUUUGAAAGGGAUGAGACGGAAAACAAAGGCAGCAAACGUUCCAUCAAGUGGUUUACAGAAUUCCUACAAGCAAAUCAACAUGAUGUUGCUAAGUUUUGGAGUGAUAUUUCAGAGUUGGUUGUAAAGACUUUGAUUGUAGCAGAGCCUCAUGUCCUGCAUGCGUAUCGAAUGUGCAGACCCGGUCAACCUCCAGGAAGUGAAAGUGUCUGUUUCGAAGUCCUGGGAUUCGAUAUUUUGUUGGACAGAAAACUAAAGCCAUGGCUUCUGGAGAUUAAUCGUGCUCCAAGCUUUGGAACUGAUCAGAAAAUAGACUAUGAUGUAAAAAGGGGAGUGCUGCUAAAUGCUCUAAAGCUGCUAAACAUCAGGACCAGUGAUAAAAGGAGAAACUUGGCCAAACAAAAAGCUGAGGCUCAAAGGAGACUAUAUGGUCAAAAUUCAAUAAAAAGGCUCUUACCAGGGUCCUCAGACUGGGAACAGCAGAGACAUCAGUUAGAGAGGCGGAAAGAAGAGUUGAAAGAGAGACUCGCUCAGUUACGAAAGCAGAUUUUAAAAGAGGAACAUGAAAAUCGGCAUAUGGGGAAUUAUAGACGAAUUUAUCCUCCCGAAGAUAAAACUCUGCUUGAAAAGUAUGAGAAUUUGUUGGCUGUUGCAUUUCAGACCUUCCUUUCAGGGAGAGCAGCUUCAUUCCAGCGAGAGCUGAAUAAUCCUUUGAAAAGGAUGAAGGAAGAAGAUAUUUUAGAUCUUCUGGAACAAUGUGAAAUUGAUGAUGAAAAAUUGAUGGGCAAAACUGCCAAGCCUCGAGGGCCAAAGCCUCUGUCCUCCAUGCCUGAGAGCUCUGAGGUAAUGAAAAGACAGAAAUACUACAGCAGUGACAGCAGUUACAACAGUAGCAGCAGCGCUUCGGAAUCCGAGGACAAUGAGAAAGAAGAGUACCAAAAUAAGAACAGAGAAAAGCAAGUCACGUAUAACUUUAAACAGUCCAACAACUACAAAUUAAUUCAACAGUCCAGCUCCAUUAGGCGUUCAGUCAGUUGCCCUCGGUCCAUCUCUUCUCAAUCACCUUCCAGCGCAGACAGCCGCCCCUUUUCUGCUCAACAAAUGACACCAGCGUCCCGGCCAACUUCAGGGUCUCGGUCACAUUCUUUAAACCGUGCCUCCUCCUACAUGAGGCACGUGCCUCACACUAAUGAUGCCAGCUUUCCUAACUCUCAGAUGAGUGAGUCUUUGCGGCAACUGAGAACAAAGGAACAAGAAGACGAUCUAACAAGUCAGACCUUAUUUGUCCUCAAGGACAUGAAGAUCCGGUUUCCAGGAAAAUCAGAUGCAGAAUCAUUACUUCUGAUAGAAGAUAUCAUUGAUAACUGGAAAUAUCAUAAAACAAAAGUGGCUUCAUAUUGGCUUAUAAAAUUGGACUCUGUAAAACAACGGAAAGUUUUGGACAUAGUAAAAACAAGUAUUCGUACAAUUCUUCCACGUAUUUGGAAGGUACCUGAUGUUGAGGAAGUAAGUUUAUAUCGGAUUUUCAACCGGGUUUUUAAUCGCCUACUCUGGAGUCAUGGCCAAGGACUAUGGAACUGUUUCUGUGAUUCAGGAUCCUCUUGGGAGAGUAUUUUCAGUAAAAGCCCAGAGGUGGUGACUCCUUUGCAGCUCCAAUGUUGCCAGCGCCUGGUUGAACUUUGUAAACAGUGCCUGCUAGUGGUUUACAAAUAUGCAACUGACUCAAGAGGAUCAGUCUCAGGCAUUGGUACUGAUUGGGGUAAUUCCAGGUAUUUAUUACCAGGAAGUACACAAUUCUUCAUGAGAACACCAACCUACACCUUGAAAUACAGUUCACCUGGAAUGACUCGCUCCAAUGUUUUGUUUACAUCCCGAUAUGGCCAUUUGUGAAACAAAAGGAAGAUUGCCAUGGAUUAUGCAUAAUAGCAAUUCAUUUUUUCCCCUCCAAUUUAAACAUGCAAAGAAAGUGACCAUUAAGUGCUGUUUUAUGUAUAUAUGACAUAUAUGUGUGAAAAUAUAUACAUGUGCACUAAAAUAACAUAUAUUUAUUAUAAUAUAUGAAAGAAGAAUUAGCAGAAAACUGGAUAUAAGACUUAACCUUUCUGGAAAUGUAAUAAACCAUGUUAAAUUGUUUACACAAAUAUGUGAAUGUCUAGAAUUUGCUAGGUUUAUAAUUAAUAUCUUCCUACUAGAAAUGUUAUUUUUGCUGCAGAGUAUAUAAAACAGAAUUGAUCCCAUUUCAGUGUUAAAUUAUUUUCUAGAUAACACUUCUUUUGACUUGAAAAAGCAUUAAUAGUAUAAAACCUUAUUAAUUCUCUUAUAUAUAGUAGCCAUUUAAAAUGAAAAACAAAGCUAGAAGCCUGGUGUUGCUUGAUGAUAGAAUUAAAUAUAAAACGGGUUUAUCAUUACUGUAGCACACUACAAAGUACUAUAAAAAUUUCAACCUGAUUUUCCCAAUUUUUUAUUCCUCUAUGUGGAAAUUUAGCUACUUGCGAUAGUGUACAUUUUCAGUAAGGCUUUAGUAAGGCCAUGCAGUGAUCUACAAUGGAAGACAAUCCAGUGGGUUAAAAUUAAACAAAAUGUAAACAAACUUUUAUUUUCUACUUUUCAUUGGGAGUCACAUAAAGGAACAGAAAAUGAUGCUGAUGACAGAAUCUUUCCAUCUGAUUUUUGUAUCUCAUACCACUCACUUUUAUUUGGAAAGUAUAUCUCCGAUGGGUAUGUAUGAUCAGAUACAGUUUCUUCUGUUCUUUGGAAGUAGAAGAGUUGACAUUUCAAACUCAUUUUGGUGUUAUAGGAUAAUGUGUCACACUUAUUUUAUGUCUCUUAAUGAUGAAACCGACUUACAUUAUGAAGUCUAAUAUAGAGCUUCACAUUGCAGCAUAGAAAAUAAUCUAAUUGUUGCAAAUAGAAGAUUCUGGUUACUAGAUAUUAUUAGUCAUGGAUGUACCCUUGAGAAUUUUCUAAAAUCAAAAUAGAGGAUGGAGUUUUCUGUCUGAAGUUAUUAUACAUACAUUUCAUAGCAAUUUACUUCCUUUUCUUGCUUGUAGUUUCAAAAACAAUGAGUGAGGGAGUGAGGUGAGGUUUCAGUUUUCCAUAAAAAUAUAAAUAGCACUAUCAUUGACAUGGAAAUCCUUAGAAAUUACAAUAUGCAUCUUUUAGAAGUUUGUUUAAACUUCUCCCAACAGUCUUACUUUCUCACAGAUACUAAUUAUUAACAAAAUUUAGGAGUGUUUUACCUUUUAGUAUCCUAGAAACUACUCCCGGUAAAUCAAGAAAUGGCCCCCAAACAGGAAAACUGAGAGAAACAAACUAUCCUAGUUUAAUUUGCAAAAAGGAUAAUUGGCAACCCAAAGUUGUAAGUUAGAUCUAUUUUGGUUUUAAAGCCAUAUUCUGAGGCUGUGAUAGGCUAAAAUAGGUUUUUCCUUAAAUUAUCACUACUUGAUUCUUUAUGAUUACCUAACAUCCAUAUUCCAGUAGAUAGUUUUCCUUGCUAAAUGCAUCCCAAAGAAGAAUUUGUUAUAGUCUUUGAGGAAAAAGAGGAUAAGGAUGUCAGAGUAAAGGAAAUUAAGUAUAACUUGGAGUGUUUGUGACUCCAUUUUGUGAAUUCUUAAAUAUAUUACAGAUUUCUUAGAAUAAAUAAUGCAAAAAUUGGGAUAUUACAAAAUCACUGUAAGAGAAGCAAGUAGGUCUUUUCAUGAAGCAUUUUUAAUAAUUUUCUUUUAAAUUCAUGAUUUGUCCACAAAUGAAACAUAAUUUUCAAGUGUCUGGUAUGUGAUAUCUAUCCAGUUUGUUGGUCACUCACUUGCAUUAACUUAAAUCAAAACAGUUAUUUAGUGUGCUAGAGUGGGUGCUUUGGGACUUCUGUCUUUAAUGAUAAAAGAACAAAGUUUUUAUUUAAAACAAGAAUGCUCAACGUGGGGAUGAACCCUCUCCCCUUAGAAAACACAUACACACACACACACACCCAUGCAC